AUGGUGUGCCUGGGUUCCCUCCUCCCCGUGGGCUCGCUCCUCCUCCUCCUCCUCCUCAGCCCUGAGGCCCGGGGAGAAUACGGCGUGGUUCGCGUCGUGUCAAAGAACUGGAGCAAGGACUACUGUGUCCUGUACAGCUCCGACUACGUCACCCUCCCCCGGGACCUGCACCGUGCCCCGCUCCUGCCUCUGCAUGACGGCACCAAGACACCAUGGUGUCCAGAUGAGGACCCCUUCCACCAGGCCCAGGACAGCUCCCCCAGACAGCGACCCCUCCACCAGACUACCACCGUGGUGAUGCGUGGCAACUGCAGCUUCUAUGCCAAGGGCUGGCUGGCUCAGGGCCAAGGCGCCCACGGGCUGGUCAUUGUGAGCCGGGCCAACGAUCAACAGUGUUCAGACACCAUCUCCAAGUCCCAGGACCCCAGCAAGCCCCGGCCUGCCCUCACUAUCCCAGUGGCUGUGCUCCGCUACACCGACAUGUUGGACAUCCUCAGUCACACUCACGGUGACACCAAUAUCCGCAUAGCCCUGUAUGCACCCCUAGAGCCCAUUAUUGACUAUAACAUGGUGGUUAUCUUCAUACUGGCUGUGGGCACUGUUGCUGUAGGUGGCUACUGGGCUGGCCUGAUGGAGGCAGACCGGCUGCAGAGGCGCCGGGCCCAAAGAGGAGGGGGGCUUGGUGAUCACAAUCCUCUACAAGCAACGGCAGCUGAAAGGUUCCAGAGGGCCCGGGAAGAUGAAGAUGAAGAGGAUGCGCCUGUGGAUUUCACACCAGCCAUGACGUGUGCUGUGGUCACCAUGUCCUGCUCCAUCAUGAUUCUGCUCUACUUCUUCUAUGACUGUUUUGUCUACGUCAUGAUUGGAAUCUUCAGUUUGGGCGCCAGUACCGGGCUCUACAGCUGCCUGGCACCCAUAGUGCGCCACCUGUCCCUAUGGCAAUAUGAAUGGGCACUGCCUGGACGCCGGACUUAUAUGAAGCUGCCAUUACUACUGCUGGCAGGCCUGUGCGUCAUGGUGACUCUCCUCUGGGUCGUCUACCGCAAUGAGGACCGCUGGGCAUGGCUCCUGCAGGACACCUUGGGUGUUGCCUACUGCCUUUUUGUCCUGAGGCGGGUGCGGCUGCCCACGCUCAAGAACUGCACCUCAUUCCUGCUGGCCCUGCUGGCCUUCGAUGUUUUCUUUGUCUUUGUCACACCCCUAUUCACCAAGACUGGUGAGAGCAUCAUGGUGGAAGUGGCAUCAGGCCCAGCAGAUUCUUUAAGCCAUGAGAAACUACCCAUGGUGCUCAAAGUGCCCCGGUUGAGAUUCUCAGCCUUGACAUUGUGUGACCAACCUUUCUCCAUACUUGGCUUUGGUGACAUUGUUGUCCCUGGCUUCCUGGUGGCCUACUGUCAUCGCUUUGAUGUGCAAAUCCACUCUCACCAGGUCUACUAUAUGGCCUGUACAAUGGCCUAUGCUGUAGGCCUGCUGGUCACCUUCGUUGCCAUGGUCCUCAUGGAGAUGGGACAGCCUGCUCUGUUGUACUUAGUGUCCAGUACCCUGCUUACCAGCCUUGCUGUGGCUGCCUGCCGCCGAGAGCUUAUGCUUUUCUGGACUGGCCAGGGCAGAGCCAAGAUACCUGCUGGGCCUGUGGCAGAGCCCUGUAUUGCUUCUGUGGUAAGCUCUAAGAGGAAGCUGGAGAGUAUGACAGAUUCCCAUAGAGCCAACGGGUUUGAGGAAGCCAUUGACCAAGAGUCAGGGGACUUAGUUAGCAACCCUAGGGAUGACAUGUCAGAGAUGGUCACCCUGUCUGAGGACGAUGUCACAAAUCCAGAGGACCACAGUGAAAGCUCUGAAGGCUGGAGUGAUGCCAACUUGGAUACCGAUGAACUACCCCCUGACUCCCCCAUGGCCCUGGAGGAGCUGAUGCCUCUGGCCAUGUUGAUACCACUCAUUCCACCAAUUCCACCCCCCUCAGAGUUGGGUCACAUCCACACCCAGGCUCAGGUUCAUGAUGCUGGCCUGCCCUGGAUGGGACUGCACAAAAGAAAGGGCUUCAAGGUAAAGAAGAGCAUGUCAACCCAAGCUCCCCUAUGA